CAGCGACAGCAUCAUGUCUGGCAGAGGCAAGGGCGGGAAGGGGCUCGGCAAGGGGGGCGCCAAGCGCCACCGCAAGGUGCUGCGCGACAACAUCCAGGGCAUCACCAAGCCGGCCAUCCGCCGCCUGGCUCGGCGCGGCGGCGUGAAGCGCAUCUCGGGGCUCAUCUACGAGGAGACACGCGGCGUGCUGAAGGUCUUCCUGGAGAACGUGAUCCGCGACGCCGUCACCUACACCGAGCACGCCAAGAGGAAGACGGUCACGGCUAUGGACGUGGUCUACGCCCUCAAGCGCCAGGGACGCACCCUCUACGGCUUCGGCGGCUAAAGUCUUUUCGCUCCCGCACUAUUUCCAAGAACCCAAAGGCUCUUUUAAGAGCCGCACACUUGAGUUUUAAAAGAGCUGUAUCACUUCAAGGCUAGUAAAGGGAAAGU